CUCUCUCUCUCUCUCUCUCUGUCUCUCUAUCUAUCUAAUCUAAUAAAUCCACCAAAAUCCCAACUCUGAAAAUCCUCCAAAUUUGCUCCACUCACCCUACCCUUAACCCACUACGCAGCACCUUAAACCCUGGGAGAGUGUCUCUCUCUCCCUCUCUCUCGCUCUCUCAUGGUGGUUAUUCUCCACCACCAGUGCAGCUUGCCUACUCAAGGUCCAACAACAUCAUUGUGUCCUCACUCACAGCCCUAAUCUCCGGUCAGUCAUUCUUCUUUCUCCUUUCCCUCUCUUUCCGAUUCUAUCAAUGCUCUUAUAAGACUUCAAAAAUAUUUAUUAAAGAUAUAUAAAAAUCUAACCACGGUAUGGAAUUCGAACCAAUAAACAUUGAAAAUGAGGUGAUCGAAUUCGACAUGGGUUCUGGUGAAGAAGAAGAUGAAGAAGAUGCAGAUGAAGAAGAAGAUGAAGACGACUAUGACGAUUACAAUGAUGAUAUGGUCGAUCACUCUUCCGUGGCUCACAAUUUCUUGUUUUCCAAUGCGGAACUCGAACCUUUUGAGGGGUUGGAGUUCGAUUCUGAACAAGCUUCUCGAAUUUUCUACAACUCUUAUGCGCGUCGUGUGGGUUUUAGUACUCGAGUCAGUGUGUACCAGCGCUCUCGUCGCGAUGGCUCCAUCAUUUGCCGCCAGAUUGUCUGCUCCCGGGAGGGUUUUCGUCGAGAGGGUGGUGAAAACAAAUCCAAGCGCCAGCGGACCAUCACUAGGGUUGGUUGCAAGGCUCAUAUCACUGUUAAGAAACAACUUUCUGGGAAAUGGGCUGUCACCAAACUCGUCAAGGAACAUAACCAUGAGCUUGUUCCCCCUGACAAAGUACACUGCCUCCGCUCCCAUAGGCAUGUCUCCGGCCCUGCUCGCAGCUUGAUUGAUACCCUUCAAGCUGCAGGGAUGGGCCCUAGUGGGGUUAUGUCUGUCUUGAUUAGGGAAUCGGGUGGUAUUAACAAUGUUGGUUUUACAAAAGUUGAUUGCCAGAAUUACAUGAGCAGCAGCAGACAGAGGACCCUUGGGAGUGGGGGUCAGCAUGUUUUUGACUAUUUGAAGCGAAUGCAGGCUGAAGAUCCUGGCUUCUUUUGCGCCGUUCAAGGUGAUUUUGAGAACACCUCGGGAAACAUUUUAUGGGCUGAUGCAAACUCUAGAAUGAGUUAUAACUAUUUUGGGGACACUGUCACAUUUGAUACAACAUAUAGAACUAACCGCUAUCGGGUCCCCUUCGCCCCAUUUACAGGAUUAAACCAUCACGGACAACCUGUAUUGUUUGGCUGUGCGUUGCUGCUGAACGAGUCAGAGUCCUCCUUUGUUUGGCUUUUCCAAACUUGGCUCGCAGCGAUGUCUGGUCGCCAUCCUAACUCUAUCACAACAGACCAGGACAGGAUCAUACGUUCUGCUGUUGCACAAGUGUUUCCGGGAACCCGCCACCGUUUUUGUAAAUGGAACAUAUUUAGAGAAGCCCAGGAGAAAUUGUCCCAUGCAUAUCAUGCGUACCCCUCUUUUGAAGCUGAAUUUCAGAGGUGCAUCGAUGUGACUGAGACACUAGAGGAGUUUGAAUCAUGUUGGGAGUCCCUCGUUGAAAGAUACCACCUUGGAGAUAAUGAAUGGCUUCAGUCGAUGUACAAUUCUAGACAGCAGUGGGUACCGGUUUAUCUCCGGGAUACAUUCUUUGGUGAGAUGUCUAUAACCCAAUCAAGUGAUAGUGUAAACUCAUUCUUUGAUGGAUAUAUAAAUGCAUCAACAAAUAUUCAUGUGCUAAUUAAGCAGUAUGAGAAAGCCAUGGGCAGUCGGUUUGAGAAGGAAGUAAAAGCGGAUUAUGACACAAUAAACACAGCACCAGUCCUAAAAACGCCUUCUCCUAUGGAAAAGCAAGCAGCUAAUCUAUAUACAAGAAAGAUAUUCAUGAAAUUUCAAGAAGAAUUAGUUGAGACUCUUGCUAAUCCUGCAACUGUAAUCGAUGAUAAAGGAUCUGAAAUUAUGUAUCGGGUGGCAAAAUUUGGGGAAGACCACAAGGCACAAUUUAUUAGGUUCAAUGUUUUUGAAAAGAAAGCUACAUGUAGCUGUCAAAUGUUUGAGUUUUCAGGUAUUCUUUGUAGGCACAUAUUAGCAGUUUUCAGGGUUACAAAUGUUCUUACGCUUCCAUCACAUUAUAUCUUGCAACGAUGGACAAGAAGUGCCAAAAGUGGGUUAGUAUUGGAUGAUCACAUGCUUGUAUUGCCUUGUAAUAGUCAAGAGUCAUCUGCUGCUCGCCAUGACAAUUUAUGUCGUGAAGCUAUCAAAUAUGUAGAAGAAGGGGCAGAAUCAAUAAAUGUGUAUAAUGUGGCAAUGGAAGCUCUACGUGAGGCUGCAAAGAAGGUUGCUUCUGCAAAGAAGAAUGGUCCGGGUGUCAUACAAAGCAGUCUGGCCAAAGAAAUUGAUCAGGAAGUGAACAUAAGUGAAAAUCAAAUUGGUCAGCUUCAGUCUUCUUCAAUGGACAAGAAAAUUCAGAAAUUGACUGCUGAGUUAGAAAACGCAAGUCAGCGAUGUGAAGCAUAUCGAGCAAAACUAUUAGAUGUGUUGAAGAUCAUGGAGGAACAGAAGUUAAAGAUAUCUGUAAAAGUUCAGAAUGCGAGGCUUAAUUUAAGAAGUUGAACUGAAGGGAUGACAGUCAUUCCAUUUCCAUGCUUUGUGUAUACAUUGCAGAAAUGGAAGGGCCGGGAAUUGGCCGGAUUAAACUCCAAUGUGCUUCCCCGUUGCUCUCUGCUGUUACAUAUUUCCGCUGUUAUAUAUUGUUUCCUUAGUUUACUGACAGAUGAAUAGAGGAUAUGAUUUGCUAGGCUAGUCUAGAAGAGUCAUGUUCCCUUUAGAGUCUAAUUGGAUGUAAUCAUUUAACUGUAUACUAGUUGACAAAAAUAUGUUGACAUGUUGGCAAAGUUUUCACUGUUAAGUGUUUGAUGUUCUUAAGCAUUGUAAUUUAUCUGUGAUCAGUAGAGUUGUUACCCCUUUGCUUGCAA